UCCAAGAUAACUGGGCUGCUAUUGUCCGUAGACGUUCACUUUCGUUUUCGGCCUUGCGUCAUCAGUAACUAUUCGAAACUGUAUUUAUAUUUGUUUGUAGGCGUGUUUUGUUUUAUGCCCUCUAUAAAUACAGUUUCAUUUAAGAAUCAUUUUCGUUUCCUGCUUUGUUGAUGAUGAUGAUGAGACUUUCUGUAUGUCAUAUGGUUGGUUGCGGUCAUAUAAACCCAUCAUUGAGUCGGACACAUCGGCAGGUGCCUCUCCUUCAAGUGUUAGAAUCUGUAUGGACUAAUUUCAUUAAGAAUAUAACACAACAAUGAUUUCAUGGGGAGAGGAUAGUCGUAAUGGCUUUGGUUUAGUGAAGCCGAAUGGUUUAGAUACGACCAAAACGGAAAUUAGUUGCGUUAAUUUGAUACACCUUAAAUCUCAAAUUCAGGGUCUGUCCGCAGGUAACAGUGUGGUCGCGUUUAUCAGAAAUAAUGGGAGACUAGUGUCUGUCGCACGGAUUCAAGAGGACCAAGAUGGGAGAAGAAUCACAGGGAAACUGAAGAGUGUGACGUGUAAGGAGACGAUUCGGGCUCUGAGUUGUGGAGAUUCUCAUGCUGUUUUACUGUCUGAAGAGGGCCGGGUUCUUUGCUUGGACAAGGCCAAUAUUCUCAGACCAUUGGGUAACCUAUGUAACCGACAGGUAACUCAGGUUGCAUGUGGAGACCAGCAUUCAAUUUCACUAACACAGGAUGGUCAGGUGUUCACAUGGGGUCAGAACACCAGCGGUCAGCUGGGUUUGGGGUGGGGCAAGCCCAGCGCCAUGUCCCCCAAGCCCCUGAAGUCUCUAUCAGGGAUCCCCCUGGUUCAGAUCACAGCAGGGGGAGACCACAGCUUCGCUCUGUCCCUUUCUGGAGCUGUGUUCGGCUGGGGCAAGAACACCGCCGGGCAGCUGGGACUAGGGGACACAACAAACAGACAUGCCCCAGCUCCUGUUGAUUGCCUGAAUCUGAAGAAGACUGUUUUGAUUUCAUGUGGAGGAGAACAUACUGCCGUUCUGACAAAGGGAGGUGUGGUGUUCACAUUUGGCUCAGGCCGCUAUGGACAGCUUGGACACAACUCUCUCCGAGAUGAACUACAACCUCGAGUGGUGGGGCAAUUCUGGGGGUCAAAGGUGACCCAGAUAGCCUGUGGAAGACACCACACAUUAGCAUUUGUGGGGCCCUCAAAUAAGAUCUACUCAUUUGGGCACGGAGAGCAAGGGCAGCUGGGAAAUGGAGUAAAGAUUGAUCAGUCUGUGCCCCUUCCAGUACAACUGCCAGACCAGAUUGAUGACCAGAAAAUUGAACACAUUUUUGCUGGAGGAAACCAUUUCUUUGCAUUUGUGUCACGCACUCGUGACCCUGGGAUCAAACACCUGCUCCAGGUCCUCGGCCAUCUCCACAGAGCAAACCAGAAAUCUGUAGAGACCCAGACAGUUCCAGACAGUACCUUUUGUAUGGAGGAGGGUAACUUCAAUCGCAUAUUUCUAGAUGAGGACGUAAAGCUUUGGCGUUUAUGGUCAAAGCAGGAUGUGGAUCAGACACCUGCCAUCUUUUGUCGUUACCCAUUCUUGAUGAACCUGCAGAGCAAGAUAAAUGUUUUUAACAUCAACGCCGCACUCACACAGAAUCCACCUAACAAUCGCCAAAGGACUGGCAUGGGGCCUUUUGACAUGUUCCUCGUGGCGGCGCCUGCUCCGUUCUUUGAGCUGAGGCUGAAUAGAGCAUCACUCAUCGAAGACACUUUCCAUCAACUGAGUGUAGCUUGUCCCAGUACCUUCAAGAGGUUCCUUGUGGUGUAUUUCGACGAGGAUGCGAAGCUGACAAAUGUCUACAAAAGGGACUUCUUCCUCCAUUUGUUUGAUAAGCUGUUGGUCCCCGAGUCUGGGAUGUUCAUGUACAACGACACCGAGACGCUGGCCUGGUUCCCUGCAAUGCCUAGAGUGGAGGAGAAGCGUUAUUUCCUGUUUGGGGUUCUGUGUGGGAUGGCCCUGUAUAACAACAACAUGGUGCACCUCCCCUUCCCCAUGGCCUUCUUCAAGAAGCUGGUGAACAUCAAGCCCUCUUUAGAGGACCUGAGAGAGUUUAGCCCCAUUGAAGCAAGGAGUUUGCAGUACAUCUUGGAUUACCCUGAUGAUGAUGUUGAAAACAUGGACAUGACUUUCUCAGUGAUGUGGGGUGAUGUAGCGGUGGAACUUGAUCCCAAAGAAACUGGAAAACUUGUCACAAGUGCUAAUAAGAAGGAGUUUGUUGACACCUAUGUGAACUACAUCUUCAACCAGUCAGUAGAGGUGGUGUUUGAAGAGUUCAGGAAAGGCUUCUUCAAGGUGUGUGACAAGGACAUGGUGGAGUUCUUCCAGCCAGAGGAACUGAGGGGAGUGAUGGUGGGGAAGGAGAUUUUCGACUGGGAGACGCUGAAACAGAACACUGUGUAUGAAGGAGAGUACCAUGCUGGGCAUCCCAACAUCGUCACAUUCUGGGAGGUGUUUGAGGAACUGACAGAGGAUCAAAAGAAAGCAUUCCUGUUGUUCCUGACUGGCUUUGAUCGUGUGCCCAUCCUGGGUAUGAACCAGAUCAGGAUGAGGGUCCAAACCCUUCUCAACUCCUCCCAACAGCAUUUCCCAGAGGCGCUGACCUGUCACUCUCUGUUGCAGCUGCCCAUCUACCCCUCCAAAGAGACACUACAGAGCAGGCUUAUAGAGGCUGUUGGCCACAACAGAGGCUUCUGGAAUGAAUAAUGGGUGUAUAAUGUUGCUGCUGUAUAUACUCCUCUCCUGUGUUCAUCUUUUCAUUGUUCCAUAGUUGGGUUUAAGAUUUGGAUUGAUUUAAUGUAGGGUUGUAUUUCAAAUCCUAACUUGAGAUCUGU